UGUUCCUCAUCUUAAAUCUUGUUUUGCAAAUUUGCUUAGCAAACUCUUCGUUCAUAUAACGUAGAAAUCUAUUCAGCAAAAAUCUACGCAAAAAGCACCUGUUGGGAUCCAGAGAUUCAGAGAGACUAGUUUCUGAAGACCCUAAGUUGGCUAAAUAGUGAAAUCUCUGAGCACAGAUUUUUAAAAAGAGACUAACACAAAAGAUAGGACAGAAAAUAAAGAUACUGGUAUGUGCUUCUAAGAAGAGAGUAUAUAACAAAGUUCUAGAAAUUAUGAGCAGUCUCCAGGAAGAUUAUUAUAAUCUGUGUAUGGAAAAGUCCAGGAAAAUUAAUUCUUUUGUAUGGCAUCUUCUCCAAGAAGUGGAUGAAAAAAUUGAAAAGGGAUUGGAAGGAAUCACAUUAAACAUUGCUGGUAACAGUCACUUAAUGCCAGUAGAAAGAAUGACGGGUGAAGAUUUUUGGAUUCUUUCCAGAAUUUUAAAGAAGAAUCCAUAUAUUAAUGGUUUGGAUGUUAGAUACAACCUCAUAAGUGAUGUUGGUGCAUACUAUGCUGCAAGAUUGCUUCAGAAACAACACAAACUCAUUUAUUUAAAUCUUAUGUUUAAUGAUAUUGGGCCCAAAGGUGGAGAACUGAUUGCUAAAGCACUACACAAGAAUACAACUCUGAAAUACCUAAGAAUGACUGGAAACAAGAUUGAAAAUGAAGGUGGAAUGUUUUUUGCUGCAAUGCUACAAAUCAAUUCAUCCUUAGAAAAAUUAGAUCUGGGUGACUGUGAUCUGGAAAUGCAAAGUGUGAUAGCAUUUGCUACAGUCCUAACUCAAAACCAAACAAUUCAAGCAAUAAACCUAAACCGACCUAUACUGUAUGGUGAACAGGAAGAGUCCACAGUACAUCUAGGCCACAUGCUGAAGGAAAAUCACUGCCUUGUGGCACUACACCUGUGUAAGCAUAAUAUGAAAAACUGUGGUAUAAAACAGUUAUGUGAUGCACUGUAUCUGAACAGAAGCCUGCGCUACCUUGACAUCAGCUGCAACAAAAUAACUCGUGAUGGAAUGGUGUAUUUGGCUGAUGUGCUGAAAAGCAAUACUACCCUGGAAGUAAUAGAUCUUUCUUUUAACAGAAUAGAAAAUGCAGGAGCAAAGUAUCUCAGUGAAACUCUUGCUUCACACAACAGGAGUGUUAAAGCGUUGUCAGUAGUCAGCAACAACAUAGAGGGAGAAGGACUUGUUGCACUUUCACAGUCCAUGAAAACAAACCCCACACUCUCUAAUGUCUACAUUUGGGGAAACAAAUUUGAUGAGGCUACAUGUGUGGCAUACUCCGACUUAAUUCAAAUGGGCCGUCUAAAACCAGACAACACAGAUGUGGAGUCAUUUGUGGUGGACGGACAUGUGUGUCUUGCAGAAGUCUCCAAUGGCCUUAAAAAGCAUUAUUACUGGAGACCAACUUACGGAGAAGCUUGCAGUCAGUCAUCGAAUGCAGGUUCCAGUCUUGUACCAACCUAUAACAUGAAUUUAUUCAUACAUACCAAGAAGAGGAUGCUUCAUCUGGAUGAUUUACUUGUCAAGCAAAGCAUGAAAAGACGACAUGGACAGUUUUAAAAGGUUACUUUAAAUUGAGCUGAGGUUCUGCAGUCUAAAACACCAUCUAUCUCUAAAUGUUGACAGCAAGGAGGCGGAAUCAAGGUGGUGGUCAACUUUACAGAUGUCCAAGUAUUGGCCUUCACUUAAAGUACUGUCAAUUUCUAAAAUAGUAGCUAUGUUUAUUUUUAAAAAUUAGCAAUAAAAAACCCACAUCAGUCCAUUCCUUUAAACAAUUAAGAUAAAUAUCCCUUACUCAGUAUUUAAUGAUUUUUUAAGUUUUAUACGUCUUUCUAUUUAGCACCUAAAACCAUGUUCCUGUACUCCCUGGGGGGAAGUGAGGGGGGGGGGCACAGUGGUUAUGUAAAGGGAAGAAGAUCUGAAUAAACUGUAGGAGGCAUUAUUUUCACUUAAUGUUACAGAGUCAUUGAACGAGAAAAGACCCAAAUGCCUUACCAAAUCCAUUCUCAUGCUUUCAGGGAUGAAUCUGAAUCAUCCAGGACAGGACAGAUGGUUGCUAUCAGGCUCUCUGCUGAAAAAUAAAAUCUUAAAACAUCUGGAAUUGGUUGAAAAAUAUGUAAUAGUUCAUGUUAAUAACAAUGUGUGAAAUGGAUUUCAAGGGUUUUUUUUAAGCUAAAUAUUAUUUAUAUGUUAUACCAAAGAAAACUACCACAACCUGGUAAUUUUUAGAAAUAACAUGAUUUUCCAUUGAUGCAAAAAUCACUUAAUGAUCUGCAAAUGUUUACAAGGGAACCAACAAAACUAUACUGUAUAGAUUACAGAAUUCUAUAAAUGACACUAUGAAUUCCAGAUGAUUAAACUGACUGAUUUCACUAGUUAUUGACUCUACUUAAUAUGUUUUAUCAAACUUUACUUGGCAACAUUCUUCUCUAUGUGUUCAAAUCUUUUUUUAUUUUCAUUUUAAGGUCUCUACUAUGCAGAUAUAGAGACUGAUUUUUUAUUUAUAGAGUUCUUUUAACAUUAUUACAUGCUGAAUAACCUAGAACUGUUAGUUAUCUGUAACUAAAAGGCUGUAUUUCCCAGGAAAAAAGCAAAUGUUUUUGUUUUGUUAAAAAUGCAAUAGAAAGUGAAUAAAAAUUUUUCAUUUUUUAA